UACAAUGUUUAAGUGCAGGAGUAUUUAUUUAUAUAACAUUUAUUGAUAUGAUUUAUGAUGAUUUGAUUAAAAGAAAAUCUUAUCCAUUUGCUAAUAUAAUUUUGAUUUUUGGUGGAUUUUUAAUCAUUGUUUUAACUAGCUUAUGGUAUAAACACGCACAUUAACAUUGUUUUUUGAGCACAUUAAUAUUUUAUUAAUAAAAAAAAAAAGUAAAAAUUUUUUCUUCUCUCUUGUCAAGUUGUUUGAAGAGGAGAAAGUCAUUGUAUGUGUGCAGAGUGAGGAAGAAAAAGAAAUAGUGUGUUUCAUAUAUUGUGCUUGUUCGAAAUAGAGUACGAAAAAAAUUACUAUAGUAGCUUAGGUAUGUGAAAAACGGAACAUUAUUAGUUUUUUAAUGUUAAUUCGAAGACUAACAAGAAAAUUCUAUUUAAAUUAGCGAUUGAGAUAGUUUUGUCUUAUCAAAAUAAUAAAUUUAUAUUCUUCGAAAAAAAAACGAUAUCGUCAUUCAUAAAAGACUUUGCCCAUGUCGUGUUUUUUUUACGAACACCACCGGUAACCUCUGGUUUUAAGCAAAACCGCCAGUUAAUCGCGGUUAACUCGUGGUUUUAUUCAAUUACUUUCAGGAAUUAUAAUUUUAUAAAAACGACUAGUCACAAACGAAUUCAUAAUACCGAAAGUAUAUAUCAGUUACCAUAAAAAAGAUUUGUUAGUUAUACUUCUUUCGAUAUGAGCUCUGCUUUUGUAGUUAACAGAUAUUACAUUAUGUGUGUAAAACAGAGGUUAAUGCUAUUUUGCAUUAUGUAGCUGGGUUACAGACAUGCCUAUUCGUCAUAUACCCUGUUUUCGCUUACAGAUAUAUGUUAUAAGAUGCGCCAUGCAUAUGCAUAAGGUAGUCUACAUUUUAUUGAAUCUUUUUUUUUUUUUACAUUUAAAUUCAAUCCGAUCACGGCUUUAGAAGUAUUCUUGUAACUUUUAAGAAAACCACUCAGCGAUUUAGCCUUUUUCGAUUCAAUAUAGGCAAUUAAUAUGCAGUUGUAGUUUGAUUUUUAAUUAUAUCUUCUUCAUAUAUGCAUCUAAAAAUCUGUCAUUAUGCCUUGUGAUUAAUCUUCCUAACCAAUACUCAGAUAGUUAAGUUGAAUCAAUUAGUUCUAGAUUUGAUCCAACAACUGAUUCAAAUGUAAGUAUGAAAUUUAAAAAAAUAAAAUUAUUUUUAUUAUUUAGGCUUCGUCCAACAGGUGAUCAAAAUUUAGCUAUGGUUUGGUGA